AUGCGGCUUCAUGGUUGUGCACACAUGGGUUCUCUUGGAUUGUUAGCUGGGAAAUCAGUCCAUGGCUUUGUAGUGAGGAAUGAAUGGGAGUUGAAUGUGGAUAUUGGCAGCGUUCUUGUUCAUAUGUAUGCCAAGUGUGGAUUCUUGAAGAACGCUGUCUGGGUUUUUGAUUUGAUGCAAGAAAGAAAUGUCUCGAAUUGGACUGCAUUGAUAUGUGGCUUUUGUCAAGAGGCAUUAUCUUUGUUUAAGAUGAUGCAAGAAGCUGGUGUUAGGCCUAACGAGAUGACUUUCACGGGGAUUCUUAAUGCCUGUGCGCAUAAGGGGAUGCUUGAAGAGGGUCGCAAGUAUUUUAAAAUGAUCAAAGAUACUGGCUUGGAGCCUAGAAUUCAGCAUUAUGGAUGCAUGGUUGACAUGUUUGGAUGCAAGGAGCAUAAGCAGCUUGACAUUGCUGAUAGAGUGAUAGGGCAGGUCUUGAAGGAAAUUAAGCCGGAGAAUGAUGGAGGCGUUUAUAGUCUUGUAUCUGAUUUGUAUGUUUUAAAUGAGAAAUGGGAUGAUGCAGAAAGGUCAACAGAAUCUCAGAAGAUGAAUAUGCGCAGUGAGGAAGAAAAAAUCUGGAUAGUUUACGAUCUAUCAUUUGUUCUGGAAGAAAAUAUUAAAGCCAGAGCAUGCUCAAUGGAGUACUGGCUGGCUCGCAUUCUGCAGUGA